UUGUAAAGACCUAUCUAGGAUGAAAGCAUGUAAAAGGGGUUUGGAACGUACAUGCAACUAUGGACAACACGUCCUGGACAAGCAAGACCGGGACAUCUGUCAUGCGGCCAUUGACAACACGCCUUGGACAUGCAUGACCAUUCAUAUUUCAUCAUCUUCAAAUCCUCUGACCCUUUACUUUCUUGUGUUCAUCCGCCGUCUCGUCUUCGGAGAUCCUCACCGGAGAAGCCGCCGCCCGCCGUCCGUCAUGUCGUCCAACUCUGGUCAUUUCUGGAGCUUCACAAUCCUCAGAUUCCGAACCUUGCUUCUUCAACUUUCUAAUAAGAUAAACACCUCCGCCCCCGCCGGUGGGUUCCGUCGUCGUCCGGUAUCUGAGCCGCCGCAGAGCUCCUCCGUUGCCGUGGUUCCGUACAGCUUCCGUUCCUUUGGUCUGUCGUCCCUCCUCAGAUCUUUUUGUCCCAGGGCAAAAUGGAUAUUUGGGUCCCUAUUGUCCCUCUUGGUACCUAGUUGGAAUAAAUGGCAAGCUUUUGAAGACGAAGCGGAAAAGAUGAUCGAAGAGGCGGAAAAUGUGGCAGAAGUAGUAGAAAAGGUAGCAGAGUUAACAGAGAAGGUAUCAGCAGAAAUUGGGGAGAAAGUUGGUGAGGAGAGUAAGGUGAAAGAAGCAGCUGAAGUGGUAGAGAAGUAUUCCAAGGAAAUUGCCCAUCAUGCCCUCCUAGCACAACACAUCCUCCACAAGGUGGAAGAAUGGAAGCAAAAGCUAGACAAAUCAAAGGCAGAUAUUAAUGAACAGAUGAAAAAGAAAGAAGAAUAGUAAAUUAAUUCA